UGAAUCGGUUGAUUAUUGAAAGAUCUCUGCAGCACAUCAAGACUGUUUUGAUGAGACAUUGCCCUAGUCUACAGCGCACGUGUUAUAGAUGCAUUUGCACAUCCAAAUUGGUGUUUGGGGUCAGACAGGUGCAAAAGUUAAAAUGAGGACAUCUCUUGACAACAUUGGUUUACGUGUAUGAUCUGUGAUGAAACAAAGGAAGUUUAUGCCACUUAAAGACAACUGAAAAAAAAGGUAACGUCAAGUUGUAAACCAUCCUUUGUCUUGUGAGGAUACACUUGAACUACUUUUUUUGUUUUAAAUAGGCCAACAGAGCGUUUGACCUUUUUUGGCAACACACCAAUUUCAUCAAAGAACUAGUUAGUGGUUUUUGUUUCUAUUUGACUAUCAGCUGGGUGGUUUGUGGACCACACAUGCAUCAUACCUGUGUGUGUCACACUGGGGUGUUACCAUGAUGACUCAGGACCCUGCCAGCUCAGUUCCUCCCAUCACCUCUGACAGAUAAAGAUCAGGAAAAGAAUGUAUCCGCAGAAUCCCUCAGCUGCCUUUCAAGAUACGCAGACACGUACACAUAUCGGUGACCAGAGAAAAAUGUCCGCGCUGCCAUUAGCGUGGACGCUGCUGACUGUGUCGCUGACAUCAGGUUGGAGCCAGAUCCUUCAGCAGGACACGGUGAAGAUUCAGUAUCCCGUGCUCCACAGUACGGAGGUCAUUGAAUGUGACUGCGGUAACGUCCUAUGUGACAAUGUGUACUGGUUCCGCAGCAUCCACAACCACGAAAAACUAGAGUUCCUCGGCAGAUUCAACAACGCUGGCCGUGGAUCUCCAGUGGACGAGGCCCACUUCAAAUUAAGCAGGAAGAGCAAUACGUGCUUUGCGCUAUUCAUCAUCAACGUGACAGAGGAGGACACAGGGAUUUAUUCUUGUGUUCUGAAGGACAGGAAAAACACAGAAACAUGGAAGUCCGGGAUUCUUCUUCGGCCGGGAGUGACCGCUCCAACGCUACCUCCUCACACGAAACCCAAACCCCCAGUGGAGCCAGUGUGCGGCUGCCCUACGAAGGAUCCUUCACAGGGCGACUGCGGCUCCCUGGUGCUGUGGCCCUUGGUUGGACUGGUUGCGGCGUUGGCUCUGGCCCUCAUCGGCACCCUGUACUACUUCAGCCGGCUACCCAAAAAAUGUCGGCACCACUUUGUGAAGAAGAGGUAGUGGAUCCUACAGUUCCAUAUCCACAGCUUAUAUCUGACUAAAGGUUGAAGCAACAUCCAGUUGUACAUCAAGGAGAUGAGGAUCCCCGAAAAACACCUCUGACCUGUUCAUUACCAGCCAGUCGGAAAAUGCGUUUAUGCUUAUUAAGAGCAGUAACCACGUGUAACAUAUUGUAAUAUGUUGGCUGCUUUUUGUUAAAUAACUUACAAAACGUCUCCAGAGCUCCACUAUUAACUUUAUUAAUAUUAGCUAUUAACUGUUCUAUGUUUUGCCACAUUUAGCCGACAUCAUUUAUCUAGAUGCUUUUUCAAAUAAGCCGGUUUGGGAUCUUUCGCAUUGGUUUUGAAAUAACAAUUAUUUCAUUGGUAUUUCUCAAAGCCCAAAGCUAAUCCGUUUAUUUACAUACAGGAAUCAAAGAGCCCACUAAACAGCUUAAAUCAGAUGGAUCAGAAUUGUCUUUUGACUCUUUUUGGAAUCUUUUUGUGUCUGUUUUAAAACUGUCAAGUUCUAUUUCAGUAAGAAUCGUUCUGUUAAAUCAAUCAUAUAACAGAAGAAUCAAUUGAAUAGGGUUGACUCCCUUCUUUUUAUUGGCUGCACAAGCUUUUGUAUUAUCUGUUGUAAACCCAUUCCAUGUAGAAAAUGUAUGAAUGCAAAUGUUUGCAGGCCCAGAUUCGUGCCAAAAGGCGCAGUUACCAACGAAUGAAUAAUAACUUGCUCAAGGGCACUUAUGCAACAGCGCCAUUGACACGGGAUACGUGUGUCUCUCCGUUGUGAAUUGUGCACAGAUGAAUAAAAAAGUCCUAUUUUUGUAA